AUGGUUGCCGUUAUCGACUCGUACGACGCCUUCAAGUCUGCGACUUCGCAGGACAAGCUUGUCAUCAUCGACUUCUGGGCAACUUGGUGCGGACCUUGCAAGGUCAUCGGCCCCGUCUUCGAGAAGCUCGAGUCGUCGUUCCCCAACAUCGGCUUCUUCAAGUGCGACGUUGACGCUCAGGAGGAGGUCGCUGGUGAGGUCGGCAUCAAGGCCAUGCCUACGUUCGUCCUCUUCAAGAACGGCGAGAAGGUCGGCACCGUCGUCGGCGCUGACCCCAACAAGCUCAAGGCCGCCCUCGAGCUCCACAACGAGUCUGCGUAG